CGCAGGGAAGGACGCAGGGUAGAAUGGACUCUUUGUUUAGUUAGGUUAGACAUAAUUAAAACGAAUACAAUACCCGAUCCAAGGCCUAUUUUGAUUUUAAAUUGUACAAAACUGUCGUUUUUCGUCUGUUCGCUAUUCGUUAUAGCAAAAACUGUAGUAGAGAGCUGCCCGACCUUUGACCUUUCGAAGCUAUGUUGCUUUUUGCGUUCCGCAGUGACUAGAUAUAUCGAUUUGAAAUUAAUGCGAAGGUAAUCUUGCAAUUACCUCAAGAUCAUAGAUCCAUUAUGGCUCAGUUCGUCAACUCGACACAAUCCGUCGUACAUCAAGUUUACGACUACUACUUAUGGACCCUGUCUUUGUCAGACGAAAGGACAAAAGGAUGGGCCCUCGUAGACUCGCCGACACCCACCAUAAUCUUCACACUAAUUUACUUGUUCAUAGUAUGGGCCGGACCAAAACUGAUGGCCAACAGAAAGCCCUUCAAGCUCACUUGGCUGCUUUUACCUUAUAACCUAUCCAUGGCCGUAUUGAAUGGAUAUAUUGCGAUACAACUUCUCACAGCCUCCACAAGAUUAAGAUACAGCUAUAUUUGCGAGCCUUGCAGGCCAAGAUUCCACCCAGAUGAAUUGCAGAUUGCAAACGCUGUAUGGUGGUACUACUUCUCGAAGCUGCUAGAGUUUUGCGAUACGUUUUUCUUCAUUUUACGCAAGAAGACCACCCAACUAUCCUUCCUUCAUGUGUAUCAUCACUCUACCAUGUUCUCGCUAUGGUGGAUCGGAAUCAAAUGGGUUCCCAGCGGCUCAACGUUCUUACCCGCGAUGGUGAAUUCAUUCAUCCACGUUUUGAUGUACACGUACUACGGCCUUUCCGUGCUAGGGCCGAGAGUAACGCAGUACUUGUGGUGGAAAAAAUACCUGACACUACUUCAAAUGAUCCAGUUUACCACUGCUCUGAUUUUGGGUGCUAACGGUAUCCGAACUGGCUGUGAAUUUCCUCUAUGGAUGCAUUAUACUCUCAUUUUGUACAUGAUGUCUUUUAUUGUCUUGUUUGGAAAUUUUUAUGUCAAAGCAUACAUGGAAAAGGGUAACCAAGUAUUCUUUGGAAUGGACGUGGGGUGCGGCCAAGGCAAUACGUAUUUGGCAGCAAAGAACCAUCCAUUCUUGCAACCCCAUCAAAACGGCCAGCAAAAGAAAAUGGAUUAAAUCGGGUGGAGUAUUGAUUUUUUGUAGGUUUUUUAACCCGCGGCUAGGUAAAAUAAAUAAUUUUUUAGUCAGGCGUUGUAAUAAAAUGUAUUAUAGUUACCUUUAAGUUUUUACCUUAAAAUGUUUAUUUAUUUUACAAACAUUUGUUUUAAAUACACUCACAUGUACGCUGGAUAGCUGACCUGUUCACCGACUCCUUUCCUUCUAUCUACAUCAAAUUACCCGUGCUUUUGAAAAAUCGUUUGUUCUGAUUUCUCACUAAUCACGUAAUGUCUGUCUAAAAUAAACGGAUGAAAACCAACUUAACGUAAAAAUCUAUUAUUCCAAAAUUUGAAUCAUAUUAAACCCUUCAAGGUUUACUAUGUACACGUAAAGUUUAAUCAAAAAUUAACUUACAAUUAUGGAAUUUGUUUAGCGCAGCGUUAUAAUUUUAUUAUUUGUUGUUGUUGUUGCACUUUGAUAUACAGUUGCCAAAAUGGCGAGUCAAAGUACUUCGAUCUAUUAAGGAAACUAUAAUUUGACCUUUUUUUAGUUAUUUACAUUUUUACGAUGAAACUGUCAUUCUGCUGGUCCUAGACAUGUAAAGAUUUUUUUUAUACAUUUUUUUUUUAUAAUUUAAAUGAGUAAGUUCUUUUAGUAGUAGUAGAAUUUUUUGUUUUUAAAAUAUUUCAACAUUUUCGUGUCUAAUUUAAUGGUUCCGGCAUAGUUUUCUCAAAUAGAUCGAAAUACUUGACUGCACACCCAUAUAAUUAUUUAUGCUUCCCAGAAUUUAUAUGGCUAAGAAAUUUGUAUUUUAUAAAACGCAUUUCGCAAGGUGCAAUCGUUGAAACCUACUAAAAUAUGUCUUCCUCGACUCAACUGUGCGGUAAUACAAUAAUAACCAACAUCCUUCGCAAACAAAAAUACUUGGAGCCCGACUGGCUGGUCCGUAUAUAAACAUUUUAGAUAAAUUACAAGAUGGUGCUGUUACAGGCGGGCUUGUCGGCAUUCAAAUUUCAUGUCAAACGUCACAAGUUUACUGCAGCAAAAAAACGAUAAACCUACGCAAGACGUCAACUAAGCCCGUAUGACACCCUAACAAGUCUGAUAUAAUUUUGCUUUAAAAAAAUGUGAUCAAAUCAAGUUUGCUUUUGGGACAGUUUUUUUUUUGAAUUGGCUCUAUCAUGACUUUUAAGCUCAUUUUUAUCAGAACUUAUAAUACCAAAACACAUACAUGCAAUCGACGGCACAAAGAUUAAAAAUCUAAAAAUGUAUCGGACUGCCAAACUUUCUCAUACAAAGUCAUACGUCAAAACUGUGUAAAAAUAUAUUUGGCCAUGUAAAAACCAAAUGGCGUCAUACAGGCUUAAUGUUCAAUCAAAAAUUAAGUCAAUUAUAAUUAGUUAGAUGGCGAAAUAGGCAACGCGGAAUAGGUUUUAAAAAUCACUGCCACUACGUGCACCUAUACACGAUAUUAGACUUUAAGAAUAUGUCAUGUGACUCUUGGUUUAGCGCAUUCGUAUCUAUUUAACGUUUAAAGCUAUAUAGCGAAUAGUAAUUUACUAGGGUAUUGAAAUAUUGUAAAUGAUUUCGCUCAACAAUGAAUCGUUUUAAUUGACAAUACGUUAUGUGAAUGUUCCAAUGUCCAUAAUAAAGUUUUUCUACCUAUUAACUACCCCACGUUGAUUAUAUUCCCGUCUUUUAGUAUUGCGCGAAAUGCUGGCUCGAAUUUUGGAUACGGCUUAACCUCUUUGUCCGGCGCAGUCAUUUAUUGCCCAUAUUUCACACUCGAAAUCCAGACAAUAGGGUUUUAAGCCCACCCCAAAGAUUUAAUUUCAACGCGCCGCAGUGAGCCUGCAACUGACGUAAUUUCCAUUAAAACAUUUUUCGUCAUAAAGACUGAUUUUUCCAAGUUUCAUUUAUAGUUGUUUUUACUAGGGCUUUAGUGAAUGCCGUUUCUUUUAUUGUUCAACUAAAAAUCCUAUAGUCUGGCCAGCCAUUUAUUGACAGAGAUUAAUUCGCUCGAUACAUUUGUUCGGAUUUAAUUGAAAUGAAGUCAUGUGCAAAAAACUCGGCCAGUUUUAUACAAUAUGUUUGCUACUUAAAAAAAAAUUCACCCGUGUGCGUUGUAUAUCGUCAUGUGUAUAUCGGUAACUCGCAAAUCGCCCUUAAUUAUUUAAUAAUUCACUAAUGACAGUAAAACUAAACUAAACCCAAAGACCACAGUUUUGGGUGUUUAAGUAUAAGGACAACUUCUACUACUUCUUAAAAGACGGUCGGGUUUUUCCAGUGUAUAGAUUUUCCCUUUUAUCUCUUUAAUACGAGCCCUAACAACUAAUUGUUCGGACGAUGUACGAAAUAAUAAGAAAACAUAUUUAUACUUAUUUUAAAUUGAUUUUUUUUGCGUUUUCGAUUGAAAAAUGAAAUCACGCACUUAUUUUUAUACCAAAAAGUGCUAUCGUAAUAAAUUAUUUUUUUAUUUCACAUAAAUUACAUGACAAAAUAUCAAAAAUAUACCGAAUUUGCU